AUGGUUUUUUCAGCUACAGGUGGACGCCAGCCUCGAUGCUCCUUUGCACCAUCAUUCCGUCUCAAUGCCAAUACCCCUCUGCAAAGAACCACCUCCCUCCCCAGUCCAGUUACUCCUAGUGUAUCCCUCCCAUCAUCUCUUAUGAGCCCCGCUGGAAUUUUACUGGAGCCAUUUCGCUUCAAUCAUAAUCCUCUGCAAUCCCUUCACCAAAAUGUACAGCAAGCAUUGGCCACUUCAUCCUCACCACAAAUUAUCAAUCCAGCAGCAUUCGAGCAUACACCUCAUGAUGAAGACAUCGAUGGUUUCUGUUCGCAGUCUAUGACACCCGUUAACGAUGAUUUCCUUCUUCCGAAGACACCUGAUCAGUCCAACUAUCCCCCAGAUCCUUCUCACUCAGAUCUGGUGGGCCUUCACCAAUUGGCCGCUACAACGCAAGCUACCUUAUCACAGUUCAAGGGGCCUGACACAAACUCGGGGGGUGUUUUCACCGAGUUUCAGCGACAUUUCUUCCGUGAAACAUCGAAGCAGUUUGAGAAGCUGUUGGAUAUCUUUUGGGCAAAUCCGAAGGCGAAGGCAAAAUUUUCAGAAUGGAUGCUUCCUCACGCUGUUUCAAUGGUGAAGAACUGCGUCCAUGACGAGAUGGAACAGGCCAAGCCAUAUUUCCGAACUUCAACUGAUGAGAUGAUGCCUGAGUUUCUCGCAACAUGGAAUAUCCAAAAUAAAGUGAGCCUCAUCAACAUGGAUACGCCGAAUACGCUGCUGAAACCUUGUAUCACGAAUGAGAUGGUAUAG